GUGCCCUCUGUUACAAUGUCCGUUGAUCCUGUGCUGUUGUAUCGGCUUCCAUGCGAAGUGUUCCCUCGCUGUGCACUUGGUUUACGGGUCUCGUCACGUGUAUUAUUUGGAGCUAUGCAUUUUCAGGAGUGGUUACAGUCCCUUCACUCCAGUGGGGGGGUUUGGGGACCUGUGAGGGAGGACUUCUGGAGCCUUCUCCCUUCGUCAUCCUCUUUUUCCCUCUCCUCUCUCUCUCGGUCCCCCUCCUCUCUGCUGGGUAUAGGGGCUCUGGCCUCCCUCACUGCAUACUGGCUGGUGACCCGCCGUCGGCCCAUGCAGCCCCCCUGUGAUCUCAAUGCCCAGUCUAUCGCUGUACAGGGAGAGCCCAAUUGGAGGCGUUCAGCUUUGCUCAAGGACGAUGCCCUGUUGGAGUUCUACUAUGAUGACACCAGGACAGCCUAUGACAUGUUCCAGAGAGGACUGAGGGUGGCAGGGAACGGCCCAUGCCUUGGCUUCAGGAAACCUGGGGAACCGUACCAGUGGAUCUCCUACACUGAGGUGGCUGAACAGGCACAGGUGCUGGGCUCUGGGCUUUUGAGCAAAGGCUGCCAACCAAACCCUCAGCAGUUUGUUGGAAUAUUUGCCCAGAACAGACCAGAGUGGGUCAUUUCAGAGCUGGCCUGCUACACUUUCUCUAUGGCCGUGGUGCCCCUGUAUGACACACUUGGAGAGGAGGCCAUGGUGCAUAUCCUCAACCUGGCGGAGAUCUCACUGGUGAUCUGUGACAAGGAGGAGAAGGCAGAGUCCCUUCUGGGGAAUAAGGAGAAAGGUGCAACACCCACUCUCUCCUGUCUGGUGCUCUUUAAUGACUGCAGUGAUGCCAUAGUGGAGAGGGGCAAGAACUGUGGAGUGGAGAUCCUAGAACUCACACAGCUCAUGGUACUUGGACGACAGAACCUCAAAGAUCCUAUGCCACCAAAACCCCAGGACCUGGCAGUCGUGUGCUUCACCAGUGGAACCACAGGAAAGCCGAAGGGAGCCAUGAUCACCCACGGCAACAUCGCCUCCAACUCCUCCUCUGUUAUUAAGAUCCUGGAGGGGUCAUUUUUUAUUCGGCAAGAAGACGUGUCAAUCUCUUACUUGCCUCUUGCUCACAUGUUUGAGAGGAUGAUUCAGGUGUCCAUGUUCUGUCAUGGGGCCAGGGUAGGAUUCUACCAAGGGGAUAUCUCCCUACUCAUGGACGAUAUUAAGACUCUGAAACCCACUUUCUUUCCAGUGGUGCCUCGCCUACUCAACCGCAUCUACGACAAGAUCUUAGGCUCUGUGACGUCCCGAUUGCGCCGGGCAGUGCUGCACUAUGCAGUGAGGAGGAAGCAGGCUGAGCUCAGCAGUGGGGUUGUACGUAACAACAGUCUGUGGGACAGGCUGGUAUUUAACAGGAUUCAGGCUAAUUUAGGAGGUAAUCUGAGGUUCAUCCUGACUGCCUCGGCCCCCAUCUCCCCCACCGUGCUCUCCUUCCUCAGGGCCACCCUCGGCUGUCUGAUCUUUGAGGGUUACGGGCAGACUGAAUGCACAGCAGGCUGCACCUUCUCCAUGCCAGGAGACUGGAGUGCAGGCCAUGUUGGCGCUCCCCUGCCCUGUGCAAUGGUGAAGUUGGUUGACAUCCCUGAUAUGAACUAUUAUGCCAAGAACGGAGAAGGAGAGAUCUGUAUCCGUGGCCACAGUGUGUUCCGGGGUUACCUGAAGGAUGAGGAGAAAACAGCAGAGGCCCUGGAUAGCGAUGGCUGGCUGCACAGUGGAGAUGUGGGCCAGUGGUUACUGAAUGGGACACUUCGCAUCAUAGACAGGAAGAAGCAUAUCUUCAAGCUGUCCCAGGGAGAGUACAUCGCCCCUGAAAGGAUUGAGAACGUCUACAUGCGUUGUGUCCCUGUGCUACAGGUCUUUGUGCAUGGUGACAGCUUAAAGUCUCACCUGAUUGGUAUUGUUGUGCCAGACCCAGAAGUGUUUAUUGAUUGGGUUAAGGAGAGGGGAAUCAUUGGAUCCUACAAGGAGCUCUGCCAGCAUCCAGAUGUGAAGAAAGCAGUGUUAGAAGACAUGACAGCCAUGGGGAAGGAAGCUGGGCUGAAGUCUUUUGAGCAGCUGAAGGACCUGCACCUGCAUCCAGAGAUGUUCACUGUGAGCAACGGCCUUCUCACCCCCACCCUGAAGAGCAGACGAGUAGACAUCCGCAGGGUCUUCCAGGAACAGAUCACAAACAUGUACAGCACAACAGUCAUCUAGUAGACCUCAAUCCAAUGUAAUACACUCAUUCCACUGACAUUUACAUGAACUGUAUGUUUCCUGUCACUAGACAAAGAUAUGCAGUUUACGGGAUCUCACGGUCUAUAGUACUAAACUGAGCAUGUAGCCAAGACAACAGACAUUCCUACAGUACUUAGCUCAAAUACUAUCAAACACGUUUGGUACGGUUUCAGGGAAUUUCAGUUUGACUCAACGCUGCGUCUUGUACAUCAGUAUGUUAAAUAUAUUUUCAUUGUUUACAUAUCAUCGACAGAGGAACAACAUUGAAUGGGACCAAACAAAUGCGCCAAUGUUGUCCACGCAAAAAACCUAGCCAUAGAAAUGGCUACAGCUCCACUUUAGAGAGCAGCGGGCAAGUAGACGACCUGGGCCUGGUAAUGGCCUGAUUCUGAUUAAUAAAUAUAGACUCUAAACCUCGAAGGCUGCUUCUGAAGUGUACAUUACUUACUCUGAUUCUAGAUAUGACUGUUUAGUGUUCUCAGUGAAUGAGUUACAGUAGCUCAUUCAUCCAAGGUACCGUUGAGUCAGAAUGCUGAUGAAAUAGUGGCCAGUGAGCCCAACAAUGUAGAAAUAUUCUUGUACGUUUUCCUGAAAAUAAAUUAUUAUAUUUCAGUUUUAUUUAGUUGAACAAUGAAGGAAACCCAUGUAUUGCAUGAUUGUGCAAAAAAAGUUUAAACAGAUGGUAACAAAAAUAAUAAAACCCACACUUAAUAGAUUACAUGUCAAGUAUCUCACUCAAUGUUGAGCCAGGCCUGUCAGAAGUUUAAAACAAAUCUACGCUAAUUUAGUCAAAUGCAUUUUGUGCAUAGCUGUCCACUAACAAAAGGCAAGAGGUUUCCCUCAACAUGACAAAGAACGUAGAUAUGGUCAAAUGAAAGUGCCACUAGAGGGAGCAACAGCAUUUGUUUUGGAAAGCAAGUCCUCUAAACCUAU